GGGGGGAAAAAAAAGAAUAUAACACACCUAGUUUAAGAAAAAUGGGUAAUAAUGAGUUUAUAAGGAUAUUUUCUUGUACAUUAUUUGUGGUGUUAUUGUUGGUGAAUAGUGCAAUAUGUCAAGAAGUGGAUGAUGCAUUGGCACCAGAAGCUGGUGGAAGAGGAAGGGCACUGGUUCCAGCCAUGUUUAUAUUUGGAGAUUCUUUGAUAGACAAUGGCAAUAAUAACAACUUGCCCUCUUUUGCAAAGGCCAACUAUUUCCCUUAUGGGAUUGAUUUUGAUGGUGGCCCUACUGGUCGUUUCUCCAAUGGUUACACUAUGGUUGAUGAAAUUGCUGAACUGCUAGGACUACCACUCAUUCCAGCAUACACAGAAGCUUCAGCAGAUACUUCAGGAGACAAAACGCGCUAUGGAGUGAACUAUGCUUCUGCUGCUGCUGGGAUUCUUGAUAUUACUGGCAGAAACUUUGUUGGGAGAAUUCCAUUCAAUCAGCAAAUCAAGAACUUUGAAAACACACUUGAUCAAAUUACAGAUAAUCUUGGAGCACCAGAUGUAGCACAAGCAUUAGCCAAAUGCAUGUUCUUUGUUGGAAUGGGAAGCAAUGACUACCUCAACAAUUAUCUAAUGCCUAAUUAUGACACUAAGAAUCGUUAUAAUCCUCAGCAAUAUGCCAAUCUCUUGGUUCAACAGUAUAGCCAACAACUUACUAGAUUGUAUAAUCUUGGAGCAAGAAAAUUUGUGAUUGGUGGAGUAGGACUAAUGGGUUGCAUUCCAAGUAUUCUUGCACAGGGUAAUGGUAAUGUGUGCUCAGAGGAAGUGAAUCAGCUUAUUUUGCCAUUCAGUAACAAUGUUAAGUCAAUGCUUAGCAACUUAAAUACCAAUCUUCCUGGUUCAAAAUUCAUCUACAUUGACAUUAAGAACAUGUUCCAAGAUCUCCUUACCAAUUACAGACGAUAUGGAUUUAGCGUGAUAAACCGAGGGUGCUGUGGAAUAGGGAGAAACAGAGGGCAAAUAACAUGUUUACCAUUGCAAACACCAUGUCCAAACAGGGAUCAAUAUAUAUUUUGGGAUGCAUUUCACCCAACUGAAGCAGUGAAUAUCUUAUUUGGAAGGAGAGCUUUUAGUGGUGGUCCUGAUGUUGUUUAUCCUAUCAACAUUCAGCAGCUUGCUGCUCUUUAAUUUAAGCUUAAUUUCCAUAUA